AUGACCCACGGGCUGGAGGCGAGCGGAGACCAGCCCUCCGAAAUGCAGCUGGCCGGGCGGCUGGCCCUUUCGGCCGCUGCCUUCCUGUUGCUGACUUUGGCGUACAGGUAUUACAAAUCUCGUGGCAGACCCUGCGGGAAGGACGAUGGAAGAGCCGACCCAGAUCGACAGGAGACCCAACUGAAAGAGGAGCUGGUUUUUGGUGGGACCGGAGAGGGACGACUGACCCCAGGAUUGAGACAGAGGCACGUCAACAGGGCUAAAGAGGCAAUGGUCAAUGGCAGUUCGGGAAACCUUCUGGCAGAUCCAAGUGGGCCAGAAACUGCAGGGGAGUCCAGACUCCAAGGCGCACCUGCCGAGAGAAGAGAUAAACAAGAGGUGGAGAAAGUGGAACAGAAACGAGAAGAGAUUAGUCUCCUGGGGAUUGGAGAGCAGCCAAAUCCAAAAGGCCAGGCGUCGGAGGAGGAGGAGGAAAAAGGUACUUUGGGGGAUUGUUUCAGCUAUGGGAACGGAGCUGGGGUCAUGGAAAGGACCCUAGCAACACAGCCGAGGAGCAAGCCAAAUUUCUCAGAAGGUGGCAUCUACAGUUUGAAGGAGACAAAAUGGGAUGCAGACUCAGAGGAAGCUGGGUGUUGUUUCACCUCUCAAAAGGAUGAGCCGAUGCAAGGAGAAGGUCACCCAACAAGUGAGAAUGGAUACACCUUAGGGACUGGGAAGGAGGAACUUCUGGGAGAAGAAAGUAUGAGUAGAUACUUAACCCAGACUCAGGAAGCCUCAAAGAGGCAGGAAGGGAUCCGUUCGUUUUAUGCAACGUCGGACAUGGACCUGGCCAUAAAGCAAACUCAUAUGCAAUCCCAUUCUGCCUAUGCUUUCUCCUCCAUCGCAACUGUCUGGAUGGAAGAGAACUUCAUUAAAGAGAGGAAGUCCAAGGAGGGGAGUGAUGGUCAACCAGAGUUCAGCCUCAGAGGGAAAGUCUAUGACUACUUUGUCCAAUCCAGUUCCCAAUCAACCAUGAAUGAAAAGCUCUCCUAUUCUAGUCUGGACACCCAACCAAUCCAUCUUUCCAAAGAGUCUGAGAAAUUAUCAUAUCAGGAACCAGGUCAAGCUUGUUCAGACAAUGAAGAGGACAGCAUGGCCCUUCAAAAAGCUGAGGGAAUAUCCUCUGCUGCUUCUGGUGAUUCUCCAAAAUCCAUACAACCUGAAGGUCAGGAAAAGGAUGCUAUGACUGAAGAAAACACUGACCAGAAGCAUCCAGGAGAAAGAUAUCGCCUCACCCGGAAAGAGAGUUUCCACAAAAUCAUAGAAAACCCCGAGCUCCAAGUGCCCAUGGAAGGAUUUGGUUCUCCAACACUUGGGUCAUCAGGGAAGGACACGCCACCUCUUGUCGCCCUCCGCUCCAGCUCUGCUUCAUCUCUGGUGGGAUCCAUGCAGAGCCUCCAAAGUGACACGAGCGAGGAACCGACGGUGGAGCUUGUGGCCGGUGCCAAAUUCUUCAACAUCCCAAUGAGCCCAGAGUCCUCUGUGAAUGUCCACUUGGACCUGGGAAAUUGCUAUGAGGUCUUGUGCCUGGCCAAGAAGCAGAAGCUGGAAGCUCUCCGAGAAGCGGCCUACAAAGUCAUGAGUGACAACUACCUCCGAGUGCUCAGGACCCAUGCCAUCUACAGCCGCCUCAACGCCACAGAGCGGGACCUGAUCCUGAAGAGGAGGAUGAAAGGGAGGAAGUAUGUGACGGUGGCGGACGUCAACUCCCAGGAGUAUGGCCACCACCCCAGUAGGCUCUGCUACUACGAUGACCAGGAGGACACUUGGCACCCCUUGUCUCAUAUGCCUCUUGAAACUGUCUCCAAAGGGUGCGCCAUGUGCAGCAUGUUCAACUACCUCUUCGUGGUGGCCGGCUGCGAAGGGAGAGGGAGGCACCAGAGGCCAUCCAACCGGGUCUUCUGCUACAACCCCUUGACCAACAUCUGGAGAGAGAUCUGUCCAUUGAACCAAGCCAGACCCCACUGUAAGCUGGUCGCUUUGGACGGUUACCUCUAUGCCAUAGGUGGAGAGUGCCUUUACACCGUUGAGAGGUACGAUCCACGGAUAGACCGCUGGAACUUUGUGGCCCCUCUGCCCAACGACACCUUUGCCGUGGCCCACACCGCCACCACAUGCGACGGAGAGAUCUACGUCACGGGCGGCACCUUGCGCUAUACGCUCUUGAAGUACAUUGCCCGUGUGGACACCUGGAAGGUCAGCCUCACUGGCGGACGCAAGGACAGGACGACGGAGAUGGUGACCGCCAACGGGUUCAUCUACCGCUUCGACCUCAACCGAAGCAUGGGCAUCAGUGUCUACCGUUGCGGCACCAAGGCCAAGCUGUGGUACGAAUGCGCCACCCAUCCCAUGCCCUUUCCGGCUUGCUUCCAGUGCGCCGUGGUGGAAAACCUGGUCUACUGUGUCAGCCGGCAGUUCCACAUCCGCUUCCUCGCCGAUUACGUCUCGCCGCGGUUCGGGACCAAAGAGUUGCAGACUUUCCCUUCUCCGCAGGGAACACUUUUACCCGUCACUCUCGUGUUGCCAGACAGAGCAACUGCGCAAACCAGGGUCUGAGCCCACUUUUCGGGUCCCGGGAGGGGGAGCGGACACCGGUUGUUUCCACUUGUACACCAACAACAUUGUGUUCUUCCUGCGAGCCAAUUUCCCGUGUCUCUCAAGGGAGACGGAGCAACAAGCUGGGUUGGCAGGAUCGGUUUAUUUUAAGAUACUUAAAUCCUUGUAAAUUUGCAUGCAAAUUAAGCACAGCCUUUGGGGGCUUGGACACUUGCCAGGCGCUGGGCCUUGCAAACAGAAAUCGUGAUGGAGAUAUAUAUAUAUAUAU